AUGAGACCUGCAGACGUCAACGAGGAAAACAAGGACGAAGUCUGGACGAGGGUUUGCGGAUACCCUUUGAGCACAUUCCCGAAACCUGAAUUUAAGGUGGGCUCAUGUCAAAGUGGAGGUAAAACAUAAAACAUUAGAAAAGGAUAUGAACUUAAUUUCGAUGACGAGCUGUAUGUCAUCACGGUGGUGUUUCGUGGAGAUCCGAAUAUGUAGUAAUAUCUUAAAGAUCCGGAGGAUGGAGAAGACAUCAUCGGAAGAUAUUAUGAACAGGGAUUAUCUUUGGACAUAAAUAAAGAUGGAAACAGAAAUGGGUUACUUAUUUAGCGAUCGACCGGAAGGCGAAGCCGGAGAAGAAGGAGAAGCCGAAACGUCAUUUAUCGAAGACAACGACCUACCUGUAACGUCAUUUGACGAGCUCCUAAAUAAUGCUAAUCAAAACUUAGAUGAAGCAAUGAUUGCCAGUUUCCGUGAGGAGAACGAAGAUGACAGAUAUAAGAAAAGGAGAGAGCAAACGGACAAACUAUACCUCGUCGGAACAUUCGAUGAAAUAAAAUGA